CUUCACCGGGAAGUUUGUCGUUGAAGAAGUGGCCCGCUACGCCGCUGACAGUACCGGAGACAACUGUCUAACAUGGGCCGUGGCCGGGAGAAGCAGGCAGCGUCUGAAGGGGGUGUUAAAGCAGGCCGCCGACAGGCUGGAUGGUCAUCUCGUUACAUCUGCAAAGCCUGCCCUUCCCGUGAUACAGGAGCCAAUCAUGUUGCAGUGGCGUUGGUCCUGCCAAGAAUAGCGCGGUCCUGAGAAACUGGCAUGCCCGAGUUGAGUACAGACAUUGACAUCAUAGUAGCAGAUGUGUCCAGCGAAGAAUCUCUGGCCAUCAUGUGCCAACAGGCUCUGGUUAUUCUCAACUGUGUGGGUCCAUACAGGUUUUAUGGAGAGCCAGUGGUUGCAGCAUGUGUGGAGAACGGAGCUCACUAUAUUGACAUCUGUGGAGAACCUCAGUUUCUGGAGCGCAUGCAGCUGGAGUACCACACUAAGGCCAUGGAGAGAGGAGUGUACGUAAUUGGCAGCUGCGGCUUUGACUCCAUCCCAGCAGAUCUGGGAAUUCUCUAUACUCAGAGCCACUUUAAAGGGACGCUGACGGCCGUGGAAAGCUUCCUAACAAUAAGCAGUGGCCCUGAGGGCUCAUGCGGUCAUGAUGCAACUUGGCAGUCGGCCGUGCACGGCUUCGCAGAUAGUAGCGCCCUUCGCAAGCUGAGGAGGAAGUUUGGCCACAAGCCGCUACCUCUGGUGGGAACCAAAGUCCGCCCGAGAGGCUUUGUGUUUUUUAGCAAGGAGAUUGUGCAGUAUGCCAUCCCUUUCAUGGGUUCGGACCCCUCUGUAGUCAAGAGAACACAGCGUUUCCUUUACCAGGAGGAACGUCGGUCACCAAUCCAGUAUUUUGCAUAUGUCGGGGUAGGUGGCCUCUGCUCAGUUGCCAAGCUCUUCUGUGGUGGACUGCUUUUCUGGAUCUUGGUCAAAUUCGGCAUGGGCAGGAAACUCCUCACCACGUUUCCCAGGUUUUUUUCCUUUGGCUUAUUCAGUAAGGCUGGUCCAACAAUUAAACAGAUUGAAGACACCUGCUUCAACAUCACAUUUUUUGGAGAGGGAUACUCAGAGGGUACAGAACCCCUACAGGGACCACCCAAUGCCAAGAUCUGCACUGAGGUCAUGGGAGCAGAGCCUGGUUAUGUGGCCACAGUGAUUGCUAUGGUACAGGCAGCAGUAACCGUGCUGAAAGAAAGACACUCCCUUCCCAGGAGGGGAGGAGUGUACACACCAGGAAGUGCCUUCAACAAAACCAAUCUCAUCGACCGCCUUCAUAACCACGGCUUCAAGUUCUCCGUGAGAAAGUAUGAGGAACCCGCUAAACCAUAGGCACUCUAUUGUUUGUGUGUUCUGCUGGACCUGUCAAAAAGAGAUUAUAGCUGUAAACCUGAAUCCUGAAAGUGAUUCCAGUAGUCCACUCACGCGGACUACUGGAGCCAGCUGUGCCUUUGCAAGCUCUUCUUUCAGUCAGUGUUGGAAGAAAUAUAAUACUUGCACUUAUAAAUUAAGAUUUGUUAAUAUUUGUUUGAGGAAGAAUUUAGAGGUUUUCUUUGCAGCUACAGUAUUUAUGCACACUGUAUAUAUACACACUUGUAUAUAUACACUGUCUUGAGUCAGUGCAGCAAGGCUUGAUGUUUUAAUUCAGGACAAUUUUGCAUUUAUGCUGUAAAAUAGUAAAUCAUAUUUAACUUAAAAACAACACCAUUGUUAUGCAUGACUGAAAUGUCUUUGAGUAGUUAUGUUGUAAUGAAUACAAUCUUUUUUGAAGUAUUGAUAAGCAUUUGGAGAUUAGAAUAAAAAUGCGCUCCCCCCCCCAAAUGUCAUCUUGACUAAUCGCUGUCUAUGUCAUGUGAAUACAUUCAUGAAACAAGUAAAAUUGCUGUUCAUGUGAUCAUUAUUAUAUGUUCAAUUGUGUCAUAAAUAAUUGAUUAAUUACAGAUCGCUGGCGUCAGGACGAAACCUAUAUCCAAAAUAUGGUCAAUUUCAUAUAUAUAUAUUAUAUACAAGGACAAGCAACAUGCAAACUCCAGACAGGAAGGUCAGGACCCUCUGGAUGUGAGGCAGACAUACUAAUCACUAGUUCACUGUGCUGCCUCUUUAUGUAUGCGCGUUGAAAAUGUAGAAAAUAAAUCAGAACCGUAUAUCCAAAUUUGUGUUUGUUUUUCAAAGGAGAAAAUCAGAUUUUAGUAAAAAUAAACAACCUCAA